UCUCAAACGAUGUCCUGAAACUCACAAAACUACACACACAAAGUGGAAAGAGAUUAAGUGAAAGCCAACUCUCCAGUCUCGAUCUCCCCUUUCUGCUUUUACUCUAUAAAAUCCAAGACCAUAAAAAAUACAAAAGCCGAAAAAAAAAGGCCGAACCCAGGAACGGAAACAAUGUUUCUAGUAUUCUUGCUUCUGUUUCUGAAUCCUCUGCCACUUGCUUUUGCUCUAAACCAGGAAGGUCUGUACCUCCAGCGAGUCAAACAAAGCCUUUCCGACCCAACCAACGCCCUAACCUCCUGGAACGACCGAGACGACACCCCAUGCAAUUGGAGCGGCAUUUCCUGCGACUCGGUCACCGGACGAGUCGACUCAGUAGACCUUUCUGACUUCCAACUCGCUGGACCUUUCCCGGUUUUCCUUUGCCGCCUCCCUUCUCUUCGCACCAUCUCUCUCGUCAACAACUCCAUCAACUCACUCCUGCCCGUUGAGAUUUCCACGUGUCAAAAUCUAACGACCCUCGAUCUCUCACAAAACCUCAUUGUGGGCUCCCUACCUGACUCCCUGGCCAAAAUUCGGAUGCUCAAAAAUUUAGUUCUCUUUGGAAAUAAUUUCUCUGGCGAAAUUCCCGAGAGUUUCGGACAAUUCCAACGGCUCGAGCUGUUAAAUUUGGCGGGAAAUCUCCUCGACGGAACGUUUCCUCCUUUCCUGGGAAACAUUUCGACUCUCAAAGAACUCGACCUCGCUUAUAACCCGUUUUCACCUAGUCAUAUUCCGAGCGAACUCGGUAACCUAACGAAUCUUGAGCAGCUCUUUCUCGCCGGCUGUAAUCUCGUGGGUCAGAUUCCUUCUAGUUUCAGUCGGUUGACUCGGCUUAUAAACCUUGAUUUGUCUUUUAACCGGCUCACUGGGUCGAUCCCUAGUUCAAUUACCGAGUUGAAAAGCAUUGAGCAACUUGAGUUAUAUAACAACUCUUUAUCAGGUGAAUUGCCGUUGAAUAUGGGGAAUUUAACUACGUUGAAGCGAUUCGACGCGUCCAUGAACGAGUUAACCGGGACAAUUCCGACUGAAUUAUGCGGGUUACAGCUUGAGUCAUUGAAUCUUUUUGAUAACAGGCUUGAAGGGACUUUACCAGAGAGCAUAACUCGGUCAAAAGACUUGUACGAGCUGAAAUUGUUCAACAACAAACUCAGUGGACCAUUGCCCCGUCAACUCGGUGAAAACUCGCCAUUGCUAAGUCUGGAUUUGUCUUAUAAUCAAUUUUCUGGUAAAAUCCCGGAGAAUUUGUGCGCAAGGGGGAAAUUAGAAGAUGUCGUUCUGAUCUACAACUCAUUUUCUGGCGAAAUCCCGGAAAGCCUAGGCAAUUGCAGGAGCUUGGGCCGGGUUCGAUUCAAGCACAACCAUUUCUCGGGUCGGGUCCCAGACGGAUUCUGGGGACUACCCAGAGUAUUCUUGUUUGAGCUUGCAGAAAAUUCCCUUAGUGGGCAAAUAUCAAAGAUGAUUUCAAGUGCUCAUAACCUCUCAGUUCUGUCAAUUUCCAACAACCAGUUUUCCGGAUCGUUACUUGAUGAAAUCGGUUCAUUGGAGGCACUGGUAGAGAUAUCUGCGAGUGGAAACGGCUUCACCGGUCGGAUUCCUGGAUCUCUGGUGAAAUUGAGGCAGUUGGUUAGGCUUGAUCUUAGUGAAAAUGAGCUUGAUGGAGGGAUCCCGGACGGAAUUAAAGGAUGGAUGAAUUUGAAUGAGUUAAAUUUGGCUAACAAUAGGCUAUCCGGUAGUAUUCCUAGUGAUAUUGGUAGCUUGCCUGUGCUUAAUUAUCUCGAUCUGUCCAGUAACUCAUUUUCUGGGAAAAUCCCAAUUGAGUUGCAGAAUUUAAAGCUGAAUGUGCUUAAUUUGUCGAAUAACCAGCUUUCAGGCGAGCUCCCUCCUUUUUAUGCUAAGGAAAUGUAUAGGAAUAGCUUCGUCGGAAAUCCCGGAUUGUGUGGUGAUUUAGAGGGUCUUUGUCCUAAGAUAGGCCAAUCUAAGAACCAGAGUUAUUUGUGGAUUCUUAGAUCCAUUUUUGUUCUUGCUGGCUUGGUUUUUGUUGUAGGAGUUGUUUGGUUCUACAUGAAGUACCGGAGUAUAAAAAACAACAAGAAAGGAGCUACUAUAUCAAAGUGGAGAUCAUUUCAUAAGAUUGGUUUUGGUGAAUUUGAGAUUGCUGAUUGCCUCAAGGAAGAGAAUGUGAUAGGAAGUGGAGCUUCUGGCAAAGUUUACAAAGUUGUGCUUAGUAAUGGUGAUGCAGUGGCCGUGAAGAAACUCAGCGGAGGAGUUAAGAAAGAAGAUUCUUUGAGUGCUGAUACAGAGAGAGAUGAGUUUGAAAUCGAAGUUGAAACGCUGGGAAAGAUUAGACACAAGAAUAUUGUGAGACUGUGGUGUUGUUGCAACGCUGGAGAUAGCAAACUUUUAGUGUACGAGUAUAUGCCAAACGGGAGCUUGGGGGAUUUGUUGCAUGGUAGCAAGGGGGGGUUGUUAGAUUGGCCCACUAGGUAUAAGAUUGCUUUAGAUGCAGCUGAGGGAUUAUCCUACUUGCAUCAUGACUGUGUUCCUCCAAUUGUUCAUCGCGAUGUGAAAUCGAACAAUAUAUUGUUAGAUGAAGAAUUUGGUGCCAGAGUUGCAGAUUUUGGUGUUGCUAAGAUUGUUAAAAGAGUUGGUAAAGGUGCAGAAUCGAUGUCUGUGAUUGCGGGCUCUUAUGGUUACAUUGCACCAGAAUAUGCCUAUACCCUACGAGUGAAUGAGAAGAGUGAUAUCUACAGUUUUGGUGUGGUCAUCAUAGAGCUGGUUACUGGUAAACCCCCAACUGAUCCAGAGUUUGGGGAGAAAGACGUGGUAAAAUGGGUCUGUGCUACCUGCGACCAAAAGGGUGCGGAUCAAGUAAUCGACCCCAGACUGGACUCCACCUACAAGGAAGAAAUUUGCAGGGUACUCGAUAUUGGUCUCCUUUGCACUAACGCACUUCCCAUUAACCGCCCCUCAAUGCGGAAGGUGGUCAAAUUGUUGCAAGAGGCGGGUGGGGAGAACAAGUCCAAAGCUGGUAAGGGUGGAGAGCUCUCCCCAUAUUACUACAUCGAGGAAGCCUCUGUUGAAGGUAGUGUAGUAUAGUUUCACUAGUUGAAGGAUUUCCUGGGGGAGAGGAAAUGGUACAGUAACAAGGGAGGGCAAUAGAAUUGAAAGUGCCCACUUUGAAAACUAUACCAAGUAGAUAGACAGACCACUGAGUGAAGACAUUGGACAGUGUCAGUGUCUAGAAUUCUGAUUGGAGUUUCUUCUCCGGUUAGGUAAUGGUAACAACGCGAACAUGAAACAGACUAAUCAAGAAUGCAAAACAUUAAUUUCCAUAAGCAACCGCUGUAGUGUAGUACAAUUGUACGAGUGGUUUGUGGAAAUUUUUAAAAAGAUCCAAAGCUUGAGUGGCUCAUUUUGAAUCUUCCCUACUUUUAUUUAUUUAUUUUUUUGCGCCCAUGCCAUCACCAAAAUUCAGGAGUACAGAUCUGCUAGUUGAGUCAAGAUAGCCAGCUGUACGCAGAUUGCAGAGUGGUCAAUCUCAGUUGCCGCCCUUCAUAAGUGAGUUGGGGCCUUUUUCAUCUCCUUCAUGGGCUGGCAUCAUAGUGAGAUGCCUUCUUAAAAUUGACUUUAGAUGCUCUUAAUUAAUAAUGGACCCAAGGCUCUAUCUCUCUGUCUUUACUGUUAGGGAUAGCAAAAGUUUGUUCUGGACAGCGACACGGCUUGGACUUUUUAGUUAUUGAA